AUGACUGAUGACCAUGCUAAACCAAUAACGAACGGACUAAAAAUAAAUACAACAGUAACUCAGUUUCAUCUAGAAAGCAAUCCUAGUCUAACAGCUCAAAGUGCUCAUUAUCUAAGUGAACUUAUCAAAUCAACUAAAACAUUAAAGAAAGUUUGGUUUGAAGGAAAACCAAAUGUUAAUGACGAAUGGAUAGUCUUAAUUGCGUCUGCAUUAACAGUAGAUCGAUCAGUGCGAGAAAUAAUAAUGAAUCACAGUCGAAUAGGAGAUGAAGGAGCCAAAGCAUUUGGUGAAAUGUUAGCAAUCAAUCAAACAUUGACAACUCUAUGUCUAUUUAACAAUCAAAUAACAGAUGUUGGCCCAAAAGCAUUGACCGAUAGAUUGAAACAUAACUCAACAUUAGAAAGUCUUUCCAUCGAUGCAAUCCAAUUUUCAGAAACAAGUGAAGGUGGUAGAGCCUUGUUGAAAGCAAAAAGUGAGACCUUCAAAUAUUUAUAUUUUAACCACUAG